UUCACCCACCACCACGUAACACGAAACAGACCGCGGAGCUUCUCUGGGUCGUUUCAAGUUUCAAGCUUUCAAAUUCGAACUCAGAAAACCUAAUUUCUCUCCUUCUCCGCCUGCAAUUGUCGGCGUCGAAGCCCAUCGAGCUCUAUCCACCUGGCCAAUCAGAUCCGUCCACCUCAGCAAUGCUCUGUUCGGUGCCCGCCACCAAGUCCGGUUCGAACUGGCUGAACCGGCUCCGGUCCAAUAAGGGAUUCCCGACCGCCGACAAUUCCGACCUCGACCACUUCCUUACCCGAAACGCAAACUCUCUCUCUGAAUUCCCUGCUCCCAAUGUCGUCUCAUCGUCCACGGAUUCGACUCGGCCGGAUUCGGACCGUGUCGGGAAUCGCUCCGAAUCCUCGUGUCCGAACGGAGACGAACAGGGAGGGGGAAUCAUCGGAAUGAUGAGCAACGUUCUAUCGGAGCUAUUUUUCAUGGGCGGCGCCGACGAAAGUUCCAGACUUUCCGGGAAAAAGAUUCCUAGAAAGCAAGCAAACCCCAGAGUCUGUGUCGGUUCCACGACCAACUCUAACGGCGACGCCACCGCCACUGCGAAUGCAGCGGAGGAGAAGAGCUCGGAAAGUGAAGGAAAUAUCGAAAAUGCCCUCGACAAGGUGGCGUCGGAUAACAACAGCUUGGUGGGGAAGAAGAAAAAGAAGGAACUAGGAGGGAAUGAGGUUGGUGGGCAAUGUGAGGGGGAGGAGGAUGAGGAGGAGGAAGAGAAGGGGGAGAUGAAAGGGUAUUCGAGGAGCGAAGUGACGGUGAUUGAUACGAGCUGCGCGGUUUGGAAGACGGAGAAGUUGGUGUUUAGGAGGAAGAAUGUGUGGAAAGUUAGGGAGAAGAAGGUCAAAGGGAGGAGCUUUGGGAGACAUAAGAGGAAAGUGGUUGUUGAGGAAAACCUUGGUGAUGACAUUGACAAGAAGAAAGCUAAGAUAUCGGUUUCCGCGUUGGAUGUUGAAGCUGGUGUGGAUGAAUGUAUAGCUCUCAACUCCAUUCAAGGACAGAAGCCACAGAAUGACACCCUAGAUAAUCUGAAUGACAGAGGGGAAGAAUUCGGCAAACACCUGCCGGAAAAUAAAACCAAAGAUAUAAGAAAAGGGUUUUCUUUGAACCGAUCACCGCGAAAUUUGAAAAAGGGCGGUUCCUCUGUUAUAUUAAUAAAAGGCCUUCCUACAGACAAUAAAAAUGGAGGAAAGCUUCAUAAAAAGACUCUCAAGGACAGCCAAAAACAAUACAAAGCGUGAUUGAACCAGAAACCGGAAAAAGAGUUUUGCACCAGAAAGAGCUAGCCGCCGGCAAUGCAACAAUGUAAUACGAUGGCACCGGCAUUGUUUCUUUCGGUAUAAAAAUUUAGUUGACCGUGUCAUCUCCCUCUCCGAAAGAGUGUAGGAGGUUCCGGGUCACGCACAGGGCUUCGAGAUGGCGGUGCCCGUGAUGAUGCUGACUUGGGAUUCAAAAUGUUGUGAAAUAGUGAACUUUUUGUAUGUGUUUACAAAUGUCGUAACAGAAGCUAUUUUCCCCAAAAGGAUUUGUCUGUUUUUCUUGUUGCAAUUUUUACAAUCGUAUUGAUACAAAACGGGAAAUGAUUACACGCGCCCCUUUUCUC